CGGCUGAUUGAUUUACUGCUCUCCCUUGUUUCCAGCACUUCUUAGGGAGCUGCUGCCCUCCCCACCCCCCCCAAAUCAGCCACGGCCCCCGCAGAGCUCUGAGACGUGUGGGUGUGCGGCCACGCUUCCGUCUGCGGAGAGGGAGGUGAUGGAGCUGUGUCAGCUGCUCGUGUAGCAGUGGUGCAUUUCCUCACGUCAGGGAUGGCGGGCACGGGAGGAAACGGCGCUGCCGUCAGCUGCCGAGGAGCGGCUUCCUGCCACAGAGUGGGAUGGGAAACAGCCGUGCUGCAGAACCUGGGCCCUGCUCUGCCGGGCUGGGAGAAACAGCUGUGGGCACCCAGUGCUGAGCAGGGGUGGAUCUGCGAGGGCAGCGGAGGGCUGUGGUGUCUUCCCAAGGCGCUGUGAGGGCGUCACCCCUCGCCUGCCCCCAUCAGAGGCAGCACGGACGCUAUGGAGCUGCACUGAUGGAGACCCAGCACUGCCUUUCUCAGUGCUGCAGCGGCUUGCUGCAUGCAUGGAUGCAUCUUACAAUCUUACAGCUGGAGCUACGGCGGUUUGGAACCAUCCAGUGCAGCUCCUGAGCCACCCUCAGACAUCACUUCCACGGGGACACCAGCGAGGCUCCGAUCCCAGCUCUGUGCUGAGCAGAGCAGACGGAGCUCCAUGCUCUGCUUCCACUCCAGGGCCGCUCUGCAGCCGGCACAGAUCAACCGAGUGGAAAACGAUCCGCGGCUUUCCGCUGUCAGCGGCCGCGCGGCAGGGCGAUUAGGUUCUGUGCGCGAGGAUGCAUCUGCACUGGCCUAACCUCACUGCUCAAAAUAGCACUUCUCCCAGCGUGGCUGCGGCUGACAGCGUAAAUCCAGCUUCAUGUUCCUGCGCUGGCGUGGUGCAAGCGAGCAGAAAGCGAGGGGAGAGGCGGCUGCUCAGCCCCAUCCCAGCGCCCAGGUGGGGUUGGAGGCCCCUGCAGCCCCCACCUCCCUCCUCUGCCUGCACAUGGGUGAGGACGCGUUGUUCUUCUUUGCGUCAAAAUUAACUUCCGACCUGAUGGAAAACCUGAAUUUGCACUUCAAAGCGCUUUGCAGCAAUCUGUGAGCGUGAGCAAGAGCCAGAGCUGAUGCUCGGCAUUUUUUCCAGGCCUCGUUUAUGGCACAGCCCGGCCCUGUGCCCCCCGCUGCCCCUUUGCUCCGUGCCCACCGCCGGUCCCUCUUCUCUUGGCCGUGCUCCACCCUCCAAGCAGCUCCCAGCCCUGAUGUUGUUGGCUCUGAAGUGCCCAGCACCGUGCUCAGAUCUGCCUUCAGCCGUGAGGCUCUUGCUCCGUCACCCCCCCCAAGACCCUCUGAUGCAGGGCGGGGGUCCGGCCGCGUGCCAGCAGCUCCCCUCCUGCACCGGCAGCCAAACUCCGAGUGAUGUCUGCUGAAUCACCGCCGCUCCGGCACGUCGCCAUCCCAGCGAUGAUGCAGCUGCUCUAUACAUAGCCUGGGGGUCUGCAUCGGGGUGUGGGGCCGGACCUGCAGCGCUGCCUAUGCCAGGUGCUCCCUGUGGGGCCGGAGCUGCACGCUCAGCCUGAACUCCACGCUGUCCUCGCAUCAACGCCUCUCCCUCAGCCCGGCAUGAGCUGCAGCAGAUGGUGGCGAUGGGGAUCGCUCUGUGCUGACAUCUCCAUCUUUCCUCCGUUGCAAGCACCUGAACGGGAGUGAAGUCAACCAAGUCAUGAGCUGGGAUGCAGCUCCUGGGCUCCAUCUCCCACCUGGGGUCAUGGGAUGAAGCCUCGAUGGGGAUGCGCGUGUCUUUGGGGGUCAGUGCCAGGGCUCUGUCCGUGCAGUGCUGUCUGUCCGUGCAGUGCCACAACUCUGUCCACGCAGUGCUGUGUGUCUGUCAGUGCAGUGCCGUCCAUGCAGUGCCGGGGCUCUGUCUGUGCAGUGCUGUCUGUCCGUGCAAUGCUGUCUGUCUGUCCAUGCAGUGCUGUCCGUGCAAUGCCGUCUCUCUCCAGCUGCUCCCUGUCUCUCUGACCGCCGGGCUGCUGUUGCCCCCUGCUCCCCCCAUCGCCCCGCAGCCGAACGCAGAGCAGCUGUUUAUAAACCACGAGCAGCAACGUGGGGUGAAAGAAAAAAAUAAACCAACAACCAACAAACCACCACCAAAAAAAUCAUCCGUAUUUCCGUAAUGGAAGCGGCUCCGAGAGAACAAUUCAGGGAAUAAAAUGUUCUCCCCGCCCCCCACCGCGCACGGCUGCGGCUCGGCUCAGCUCUCGGCCCCACCGCCCCGUGCGGACGGGGGAUGGAGAGGAGCCCCCCGAGGGGCCGCCCCGGCUCCGCUCCCACCGGGCUGCGUGGGGCGCUGCCCCGCUGGGGGGUCGGCGUCGGGGGCGGCCCUCAGCGGAGCCGGACGGACGGACGGACGGACUCGGGUCGGGGCGGUACCGGCGCGGCCCGGGGGGAGGGCGCUGGCGGCCGCCCGGCGCCCACGUGGUUUCGCGGUGUCUCCGGAGCGGAAGAAGAACGGCGGUCGGGGCCGGGGCUGCGGCGGGGGCGGCGGGGACCGGGGCGGGACCGACACCGGGGGCCGGGGGGAAGGGAAAGGAACGGAAGGAGCCGCAGCCCGGCGGCGCCGCAGCGCAGCGCAUCCCGGUGCAGCGCAGCGCAUCCCGGUGCAGCGCAUCCCGUGCGUCGCCGCGCAGCGCCGAAGGGCUGACCACCGGGAAUAAGGAGGCAGCAACAGCAGCGUGGAACCCCACAAACUCCCUCUGUGAUCUCCAGAACCCAAUGCCUGCUGUGCUGCCUCCUGCUGAGCCCCCGCUGCCCCCCACCCUCACCUGAGCCCUGGCACUUGUGCCGCAGCCCUGCCCAGCCUGCAUCACCUCGCCCCGCUCACGGGGCCCACUGCAAGGCAAAACUCACACUGUGCCAUGGACUCCAUGUUCGAGGACGACAUCAGCAUCCUGACACCAGAGGCUUUGGGGCCGGAUGAAGACUGGCUGGACAGCCCCAACACCGACCUGUCGGGGGAGAUGUGCUCCGCGUCCCAUUUUGCCCUCAUCACUGCAUACGAUGACAUCAAGAACCGCCUGAGUGGGCUGGAGAGGGAGAAUUCCACCCUCAAACGGCGCCUGAAGAUGUAUGAGGUCAAGUGCCCGCUGCUCGGCGAGUUCGGAGAGGAGCACAUCUUCUCCAUCUAUGCCAAGGAGACGUCGCUGCUCAAGAGUGAGAAGGCAUCGCUGCAGCAGCAGCUCAACCAGUUCCAGCAUGAGCUGGAGAAGAAGGAGCGCGAGGAGCAGCUGGAUGAGAUGAUCCAGGCCUAUGAGAAGCUGUGUGUGGAGAAGGCAGACCUGGAGUCAGAGCUGGGCGAGAUGCGGGCGCUGGUGGAGACGCACCUGAGCCGCAUCCGGAGCCUGGAGCAGCAGCUGCGGCAGCGCGAGAGCAGCCCUUUCCCUGGGGGUGGCCCGCUGCCUGGCCAGGAGGUGCCUUUUCUCUCCCUGCACUCCAACCCUGGCCUCAGCCACGUGCUGGAGCGCCCAGGGGGGUGGCCGAGCCGUGGGCUGGAGGCUGAGCUGGAGGCAGCGCGGCAGGAGGCGCAGCGUGCGCAGCACCGCGAGGAGCACCUGAAGGCUGAGUGUGAGCGGCUGCAGCUGGAGCUGAAGCACCUGCAGGACAGCCGUCCCCAGGAGCAGUCAGAGCGGGACAUGGCCUGGGUGAAGAAAAUGGGAGAUGACCAGUAAGUGUCUGCAGGGUGCUGGGGGGUGAACCUGGCGCUGGCCUACACGGAGCUGACGGAGGAGCUGUGCCGCCUGCGCAACCUCAGCUCCCUGCAGAGCCAGAUCCUGCGUGCGCUGCUGCAGGAGAGAGGCCUCAACGGUGGUCAGCGCCAUUCUCCUCUGUCUCAGUGCCAUUCCCCAGCCCAGCAGCGCCGCUCGCCCGCCCCGCAGUGCCCCUCGCCCGCUCCCCGGCCGCCCUCCCGGGCCCCUCAGUGCCAAUCCCCGGCGCUGCAACGGCGCUCACCGGCCCCUCAGUGCCAAUCUCCAGCCCAGCAGCGCCGUUCAUCCGCCCCGGGACCCUGCCAGUCUCCGGCCCAGCAGCGCCGUUCGCCCCGUGCCCCCCCUCCAGCCCCUCGCCCGCCCCGCAGCGCCGCUCCCCCGGCCCCACCUCCGUGCCCAUCCCCGGCGUCGGCGUCUCCGCACCGCCUGCCCGGCGAGAGGAUGGAGCUGGGCUACGCCAAACCCUCCAGCCGCCACAUCAAGGCCGGCUUCCAGGGCCGUCGCAGCUACUCGGAGGUGACCAACGUGGCCCCGUAUCAGCAGAGCCGCGCGCUCUGGCUGCAGCCCGAAGCUUCCACUCCCAAGCACCGGCCCUACGGUGAGGUGUACCUGGGGGGGGCGGGGGCGCCGCUGAGCGCCCGGGAGCCCUUCGAGGAGCACCUGCGCUUUGAGAAGCAGUCAUCAGAUGAGGAGGACUGGGCGGACCCCGGACCCCCCAGCCCCGAGGCCGGGGCCGUGCGCUGUGCCUCCUUCUGUGCCGGAUUCCCCAUCCCUGACCGGACGGCUGCUGCCUAUGCCAGAGCUGAGCACGCCCAGUCCUGGCCCUCUAUCAAUCUGCUGCUGGAGACGGUGGACUCGGAGAUCCGGAGCUCGCUGUGCCAGCUGGCUUUCCCCAUCGGUUACCCGGACGAUGCUUUGAUAAAGCACAUCGAUUCGCACCUGGAGAACAGCAAGAUCUGAGGCUGCCCCCCACCCGCGGGCUGCCCCCUCCCCUCUUUGGAUGCUGCAUGAGAACUGGCGGAGCAGCACGGCUCCGAAUUACCUCCAGGUGUGCAGCAGCUGUGGAAGGACCGAGCCCAGGGGAGCCGUGUGCCCCCCCUGGUGUUUAGGUGGGUUUCCCCGCUCGCCCCCUCUCUGCAUCCCAGGCACAGUUGGAUGCUUCACCCCGGGAUGCUCAGGGUUGGGGCCGGGGACCCCCCCUCACACACACACACACACUGUUGGGUUUCUCUGCUUGAUCUCAGGGAGGAUUUGAGGGACCGGGUCCUGGAUCCGGCCCCCAGACAGCAGUGAGGAGAGGGCUGCCCUCCCUGGGCUCCUGGGGUCAGAG